GUAUGCGGUGGUCUCGCUGGGAAGCGUCCACCUGGGAACAUGUUGCUGCUCAAGAAACAGACGGAGGACAUCAGCAGCGUCUAUGAGAUCCGCGAGAAGCUGGGCUCGGGUGCCUUCUCCGAGGUGGUGCUGGCCCAGGAGCGGGGCUCCUCACACCUUGUUGCCCUGAAGUGCAUCUCCAAGAAGGCCCUUCGAGGCAAGGAGGCCCUGGUGGAGAAUGAGAUUGCGGUGCUCCGCAGGGUCAGCCACCCCAACAUCGUGGCUCUGGAGGACGUCCACGAGAGCCCCUCCCACCUCUACCUGGCCAUGGAGCUGGUGACAGGGGGCGAGCUGUUCGACCGCAUCAUGGAGCGUGGCUCCUACACAGAGAAGGAUGCCAGCCACCUGGUGGGCCAGGUCCUUGGCGCUGUCUCCUACCUGCACAGCUUGGGCAUCGUGCACCGAGACCUCAAGCCUGAAAACCUCCUCUAUGCCACGCCAUUCGAGGACUCCAAGAUCAUGGUCUCUGACUUCGGCCUGUCCAAAAUUCAGGCUGGCAACAUGCUGGGCACCGCCUGUGGGACCCCAGGAUAUGUGGCCCCGGAGCUCUUGGAGCAGAAACCCUACGGGAAGGCCGUAGAUGUGUGGGCCCUGGGUGUCAUCUCCUACAUCCUGCUGUGUGGCUACCCUCCAUUCUACGACGAGAGCGACCCCGAACUCUUCAGCCAGAUCCUGAGGGCCAGCUACGAGUUUGACUCUCCCUUUUGGGAUGACAUCUCCGAAUCAGCCAAAGACUUCAUCCGGCACCUUCUGGAGCGAGACCCGCAGAAGAGGUUCACGUGCCAGCAGGCCUUACAGCAUCUUUGGAUCUCUGGGGAUGCUGCCUUUGACAAAGACAUCCUGGGCUCAGUCAGUGAGCAGAUCCAGAAGAAUUUUGCCCGGAACCACUGGAAGCGAGCAUUCAAUGCCACCUCUUUCCUGCGCCACAUCCGAAAGCUGGGGCAGAGCCCAGAGGGUGAGGAGGCCUCAGAGCGGAGGAUGGCCCGCCACAGCCACCCGGGCCUCGGGGCUGGCCAGCCCUCCAACUGGUGAGGCCCAGG